AUGCGUCCGGACCAACACAAGAAAGCAAACUCUCGUAAAUAUCAAGCAAAACUGCAUGCUCGUGGUGGAGAAGCAACAGCAGCCGCAGAUGAAAUACGAGAAAAACGUAAGGAGCGUAGGUCCAAAUCAAAGGGAACAAUUUAUAUUGAUUCUGGUGGAUCUGGUGAAGACGAUUCUGAGGAAACUAGCUUUGCUUCAAAGCAACAGUCAUUUCGUCGUCGAAAAAUUCAAAGCAAUGAUUAUCGUUAUCAGGAGCCUAGUCAAGAAGAUGAACUAUGGGAUGACCCGGAUGGAAUUGAUCGAGAAACCACCAACUUUCUGGAAAUGAUUGAAAAUGCUGGUACUAUUGGACUAAGUUUAUCACUGAGGAAAAAGUUUGGGGCACAACUUCAACAACAGAAGAGCGGGAUCUCGAUAGGGCAAGGAUGCGCAACUAUUGUUCAUGAAAACUUGAUGAACAUUCGUUUUGACCAUUUAAAAUCAUCGUUAAGCAACGUGUCGAUGAAUGAGCGAUUGAAUCUAAGUCCUGAUUUAAACCUGGAAACUCAAGAUAUGAGCUUUAUUUCGAAAUCUCCAAAACCACUAGUCCCAAAGAUGGUCAAAAUGGAUAUCAAGAGGAAUUUGCUGAAAAAAGAGAUGGUUGCGGGCUCUCUAGACGAGCAGCAGCAAAUAUCCAAGACGUUGAGCUCUGAAAAAGCAAAAGAUAUUCCACAAAAGACUAAACAUUCCUUAAUAGCGCAGUCUAAAAAGAAACCGCAAGACAAAAACUCAAAUGAUACCACGAAAAUAUUACCCAAUCAAGAUGAUGAUAUUGACAUUUUUCUAAAAUCAUUAGAUGAUGAGGAUGCGAAAGACAAGCGUGAUGAUGUAAAUCGAUCUAGUAAAAUCAAAAAAAUCAUACCAUCAAAAUCCCAAAGAGCAAUAAAAACCAAUAAAGGUAUACAACCGACACAAUCCAAUAUCGAAACCAAAGAGGAAUGGCUAGAUGAUAUCCUUGGUUAG